GUGAGUUUCAAGUUCAUCUCAAAUGCUUAUUAGCAACAAAUACAAUGGCUUUACACAUGUCCAAUUCGCAGCCUGUAAAUCCAAUUUAGUAGCUCCGAUUUAUCUCCUCCAUACGUCUCCUUAGUAGCUCCGAUUUAGCAGCCCCACUUAUUCAUUUCACCUCUCUAAUCUAUCCAAUUGUGUUAUAGCUUCUCACGCGCACGCACGCACAUUCAUCGUGAGCGCCGCCCCUUGUGAUGGUCGAUGAUCUGUCGAGGACGAUCGAGUGGUGCGGCGGAGCUUUUCCCGUAAUAAUUGAUUGAUGGCGGCUAAUAAAAAGGCACUCGAGGGCUUAUCGAAAGGGCUGAUGGAGGAAGUCCGGCGAUGGGGUUCCAUGAAGCAGACCGGAGUUAGCCUCCGGUACAUGAUGGAGUUCGGGUCCCAACCUACGCCCCGGAAUCUCCUCAUUUCUGCUCAGUUUCUCCAUAAGGAGCUCCCUAUUCGAAUCGCCCGUCGGGCUAUUGAGCUCGACUCCCUUCCCUAUGGCUUGUCUCAUAAACCCGCUGUUUUGAAGGUAAGAGAUUGGUAUUUGGAUUCUUUCCGUGAUCUCAGGUCCUUCCGAGAUAUUAAGGAUAACAAUGAUGAGGUAGACUUUACGCAAAUGAUUAAGAUGAUUAAAGUUAGGCACAACAAUGUGGUCCCUAUGAUGGCUUUGGGAGUGCAGCAGUUGAAGAAAGAUCUGAAUCCUAAAAUCAAUUACAUGGAUUUCGAUGAAAUUCAUCAGUUUUUGGAUCGGUUUUAUAUGUCUAGAAUUGGGAUUCGCAUGCUCAUCGGUAACUGCUUCUCUUUGGCAUGCUUGCUUUCUUGUCAUUCAACAUCCGAUUCAGUCUUCCAAUUUUAUCUUUGGUGCUGGUGGGAAGUUGUGCUUACUACUUUUGUUGUCCCAUUUGCAAUUAUGAUAAUUUCAGGACAGCAUGUGGCAUUGCACGACCCAAAUCCUCUUCCUGAUUGUGUUGGAUACAUACAUACAAAAAUGUCCCCUUUAGAUGUUGCGAGAAGUGCUAGCGAGGAUGCACGUUUUAUUUGUCUCAGAGAGUAUGGUAGUGCACCAGAAGUUAAUAUCUAUGGAGACCCUAAUUUUACAUUUCCUUAUGUUCCAACACACUUGCAUUUGAUGGUGUUUGAGUUGGUUAAGAAUUCACUGCGUGCUGUUCAAGAACGAUUUAUGGACUCGGACAAGGUUUCACCUCCUGUCCGAAUAAUAGUUGCUGAUGGCUUGGAGGACGUAACAAUUAAGGCAAGGCUCCAAAAUUUGAACUGUGACUUGUUCGACCAAAAAUAUGAAAAGUGUCAUAUUUCUGAUGAAGGGGGCGGAAUACCGAGAAGUGGUCUUCCGAAAAUAUUUACAUAUCUCUACAGUACUGCAAAAAACCCUCUCGAUGAGCAGUCAAGCACUGACCUUGAAACACCAACAACCAUGGCUGGAUAUGGUUGUGGUCUUCCCAUAAGCCGUUUGUAUGCUAAGUAUUUUGGAGGGGAUAUGCAAAUUAUCUCCAUGGAAGGAUAUGGAACAGAUGCUUACCUUCACUUGUCUCGACUGGGUGAUUCGCAAGAACCUCUCCCUUGAGUGCUGAUGAGGCUUGAAAAAACCCAUUUGUUCCUGCUUCUGUAAAUUCUUUGUGGUAGACAAGUAUUUGAAUGGAAUAUGUUGUCACACUGUCAUUUUAUGAGGCACCUAUUUUUGGCCUGUUUUGGAAUGUUUCAUGUAUAACAAGAGUCACACAGGUGAAGGAAAGGUAGGCCCUUUGGAUAGCUCAUUCGUAGAAUUGUUGUGAAUAAUGAUGUUUGUUAUUGGCAUAUUAAUGGCCAAAGAGUUGGCCAUAAAGCACUUGGAAGAACACAACUUCACUUCACACAAAAGAAUUGCAUUAUCAUCUGGUGGCAGCACAGUAGUAAUUUAAAUUAUGACAAAGGAACAAAGUUGAGCAGUAGAAAUUGGAGUUUCAUGCUAAUCGACCUACGCCGCUACGCGGAUAUGUCGACAGACAAAUUGAUAAUGCAAUCUGUGUUGAUAAUGAUUAUUGCUAAUAGCCAUUGA